GAUAUCAUGGUAAGAGGAGAAGAAAAAUCAAAGAAUAAGUAAAAAAUUAAUCAUACAAAAUGGACACUAAGACAAUUUUUAUGACAUUUUUCAUAAUCAACACUUUAGUGUCAUGUGUGUAUCCAUGUUUGGGCCAAGAAGAUGUUGACGAUAAACCACUAGUCAAUUCCGGUGAGUUUGAUACAUUGGAUGCAUUAUCGCCGGCUUCGCAGGAGUACAAUAUUUAUAUGUUAGAGAACCUCCCACCAAAAUACAAAACGUAUCUCGGAACCUGCGCUGAUAAGAUGGGGCCCAGUGGUAUUUCGGAAUGUAAUGAAGAUGUUCUUAGAGAGAUUCUUACGAACAAACCUGUUUCAAGAGAGUGUUGUUUGAUGGUAGUAAGAGCUGGAAAAGAAUGCUACAUGGAGAUUAGAAAGUUCAUGUUUCGAUUGUAUCAACUCAAACGCUUUGCUUCUCAAGUUUUUUUCAAAACUAAUGAAGUUUGGAACAGAUGUUCUGCUGAAGUUGAAAGUCCUUCAUCAUCUCACGACCACGCGAUUUAGUUAUCUUGAUUGAAUCUUUUGUUAUAUUAUAUGAUGUAUCAUGAAAUAAUGGUUUGUUAUAUUAUUCUAACUAUAUAAAAUAAAAUAAAAAAUUCAUCAGCUUAUUCGUUUUCCUAACUCUAAUGUGGUAUAAGAAAACUUUAGUGCGAUAUCUUGGUUGUUCUAACUUGUGUUUGCUUAGCAUAGUUUUUUAUUUUAUCAAAUAUAAAACAUAAUUGCACAUAAAUCUUGUUAAACAAAAUCAUAUAUUUCUUUCUUUGUAACUCGAAUAAAUUAAUUGAUUUGAAAUUCAAUUAAAUUUAUGAAAAAAAUCAAAAGUGAGAGAACGAUA